AUGACGUCAAAUAUCGCUGAGUCAAUCAAUGCAGCACUAGUUUCAGCAAAGGAAUUGCCAAUAUAUGACUUCCUCGAAGAAGUUAGGAAAAUGUUUGGUCGUUGGAAUUGUAGUAACCGUAAAGAAGCUACUCAGACAUACAUGACGCUUGGGAAAAAAUACCAGGAAAUGCUGGAGUUGAAUGAGACCAUGUGUACCCGUAUGACUGUGGUACCCUCAACUGAAUACUUACAUACUGUUAACGAUGGUGGGAGGAAUUACACAAGCAAGUUUUUAAUGCCUGAAGAAUAUUGCUCUAGCAAUUACAAGCCAAGUACAAUUGUAAUGACAUACGAUGUGUCAGUGUACCCGCUACCGGACAAAAAUGACUGGAAUAUACCAGAGCAUGUUGCAGAGGAGGUUGUACUACCACCCAAAUGGAAAAGACCUCCUGGAAGGCCAAAGAAGAAGCGCGACAAAAAUUUAAGUGAAUUGUUGUUGCCGAAAAAUCAACAUUCAUGUAGCAUAUGUGGGCAGGAAGGACAUAACAAGCGAACUUGUAGGAAUGCUCCACGUGAAUACAACAUGUUGAAUAUAGUUGAAUAUAGGUUAAUAAUACAGUUUAAUUCAAUUGACUUUGGAGGAAUACACUGUAAUACAGUUGAAUACAGAUCUGGACAGCUGGUUGAAACAGUUGAAUGGAUGCAGCUAAAUAUACUUGCAUACCAACUGUAG